UCAGAGAUGAGUAAGAAGGCCAAAGACAGGGAUAUGUGUGGUCUGCAAAGUUCUCCACCCUGCCUGGGAGCAUUCCUGUAUAUCCUUAAUUGUUUUCUUUUGUUGCUGCUCCAGAAGGAAGCUCUUGGCUGUCCAGCUGCUUGCCAGCUCUGCACAGGGAGACAAGUUAGCUGUCGUAAUUCAGGGCUUUUGAGCAUCCCGCAGAACUUUCCAAAAACGACAAUUCUCAUGUACCUCAGUGGGAAUAAUAUAUCGCAUGUCACUCCAAAUGAACUGAGAGGCCUUCAGAAGCUUGCUGCACUGUACAUGGAUAACUCCAGUAUUUUGUAUGUACACCCAAAAGCUUUUGUGGAACUCCCCAGACUGUGCUACUUGCAUCUAAAUAACAAUAAUAUUAAACGUCUCGAUCCAGGAAUCUUUGAAGGUCUUUCCAGUCUUCACUGUUUAUACCUUCAGAAUAAUCAAAUAGCUUUUGUGCCCAGAGGAUUAUUUAGUGAUCUCCUUUCUGUUAGAUAUUUAACACUUCAAAGAAAUCGCCUCAGUGUCCUUGGAAGUGGGACUUUCUCGGGAAUGAUAAGUCUCCAAACACUUAACCUAGCCAAUAAUAAGAUUUCACGGAUAUCAGCUUCAGCAUUUCAUCAUCUUGAAAACCUUUCAUAUUUGUUUCUUGAAGGUAACAACUUAACACUUGUGCCAUCAAAUGCAAUUGGAAGGCUCAGAAAUCUUGAAAGACUUUCUUUGUCUCACAAUCCCAUUGGAUCAAUACAUGCUUUUGCAUUUAAAGGACUUGACAAGCUUAGAUACCUGUCUUUAAAGAACAUCAAGCUAAAAUGUAUUGCUGUAAAUGUUUUUUUUGGAUUAAAUAACCUUAGCCAGUUAAUCUUAAGUUAUAAUGAUUUAGAAAAUAUAAAUUCUAGCACUUUUACCUUAUUGGACAACUUAAUGUAUCUGCAGCUAGACAGAAAUAGAAUAACGAGUAUUGCUGAUGGUACCUUUGAAAAAAUGGGACAGUCACUUAAAAUACUCAGUUUAGCAUUUAAUAAUAUUACAGAGUUACAACCUCAGGUGCUCAAGCCCCUAGUAUCUUUAACUCAUCUACAAAUAAACUACAAUCCUUGGAACUGCAGCUGCAAAAUGCUUGGAUUAUUUAACUGGCUAGCAUCCUCUCCUAUUUCUGUAAAAAUUCAUUGCCAGAAUCCCAAGAGUAUGCGUGGUAGACCUUUGCAUUACAUUAAAUGGACUUGGUUUGCAAACUGUAGUAGCCCUACUGCCAGCCCAGAAGCAGCCUGGACUCUAGGAUCUGCAGGAGCCCACCACAGCACUAACACUUUGCUGGUGGCAUGGCAUAAGGGAAACAGGCACAACACAUUUGAACAGUUUGUCAAUGCAGAAACUAAACAUGUUGCUUUCUGGGAAGGAACGACAGCUGCCUCUGCUAACCUGUUGCCCUAUGAAGAAAAUGCCGCUGAAAUUCCAUCACAGGCAACCACAGUAUUAUCGACAUUGCCAGUGCAAAUACCAGCACAAAUGAUGCCUGUUAACAGAACAAUAGAAGACAGUGGCUCAUUUCCAACAGAUGCUGCUCCUGUGUCAUUGAAAACAUCCCUAUUUUGUACACAACAGGUUGAAAAGCUGAAUGAGGCUUUUGACAUUUUACUAGCCUUUUUCAUUCUGGCUUGUGCUGUGAUACUGUUUUUAACCUGUAAAAUUAUUCAGUUUAGGCAGAAACUAAAGGUGCUAGAAAACUCUGGAGAAAAGAGAAUAGAAUAUUAUGGGGUUUAUCAGCCUGGCAGAUACAACAUAACUGACCCAGUGCAGUCUCUAACUCGGAAUUCAGUGGGGCAUUCAGAGCUAGACCAAAUUAGGCUGCUCAAGCAAACACCAUCUGAAAGUCAGGCGCAGGUCAUAUUGUUUGAACACUCAUCACUGUAAUUUAUCUCAUUUGAUCUGAUGUUAACUUCAUUGUGAUCUGAAAUGUCAGGAAGUCAAGAACUCAAUUUAUAAAGUAUAAAUAGUUUCACUGAUUAAAAUCAAUGGGUUGAUAGAAUUGUAGAAAAUGGUAUCAUUUGGGUUGUUCUGCAUUCCUGAAUGUUUAGAAUUUUUUUUUAUUAGAUGUCAUUUAAAUCUGACUCACAUAGGUAGAUUAUCCUCUCUUCCUGUUGUAGCAAUCUUUCACCUAUAACUCAAGUAUAUGUGCAGUGUAAAAUGCACAUAUAUUUAUUUUUAUUUUGUAGUACUUAAUGGUAUAAGUUUCUAUAGAAAUUCCAUAGGUAAUUGGGAGCUUGAAGCAAGUGAAACAUCAGUUUUUAACAAGAUUAUGAAGUCAGGAUUCUGGGGAAAUGAGGAAAAAAAGUAAUUCUUAAUUUAUUUAUUGUAAUGCAGUUUCUACUCUUCCUUAACUAAUCAUCACAGUGGAAAAAAAUAGUAUAUUUACAUUAGCAUAUACAGCAUCUCAAGGAGAAGAAAAAAUUAUACAAAUCUUAUUCUUACAUGUGACAUAUUUUAAAAUACAAAGUUGUGUAUUUGGUUUGUAUAAUGAACAUCUUAAAGUAAAUUUUUGUUAGUAUGUACCUGUAUCAUUUCUUAAUGCCUGAAAUUGUAGUUAAUAGCGAAGCUAAGUUUCUGUUGGACUGAAAACUUAACCAAGUUUAUUAUGUCUGUGGUAAUAGAGCUGAUUAAUUAUUGUCAGUCCAAAAUAUUUUGUAAUCCAUAUAGUACUAAUUUGGGGCUAGUUUUGGCUAGGUAAGAGGUAUAAACUUAAGAAAUACACUAUACUGUAAAUACAUAAUUCUAGAUUAAUUGCUGAGGAUAUUUACAUAUUUGUGGUGUAUAUUUGGAAGUAUCAGGUCAAAGUAUGUUUCCUUAGUGAAGACCUAAUUUUAGACUUCAUCUUUAAAAGAUGGAUACUAUUUUCCUGUAUAGUUUGUGUUUAACUUCUAAUUCCUAUUUCAAAUAUUGGUG